CCUCACCCCUGGAGCGAGGUCCGCACCCAUGGCCCCUCCAUCUCGUCCGUAUGUACGUACGUACACGUACACGGUACAUUUCCCGUGGACUAGCUAUGCCCAAAUGCCAUCUUUCCUCUCAAAACUGUGUCUUCCCGCCUUCCAUGUGGCAGACCCGCUUCGCUUUCCGUCGAGUCGAGGGCAAGCCACCUCAGGACCCCCCGUACCUCGACCAUACAUAUAUCCUCCCACCGCCGCAAUCUCGUCCCCUGUUGCUCUCAAACUGGAAAGUGCCUUAGCAUCAUCAAUUCCCAAGCACUUGUCUCCCACCAUUACUCCUCAGACCUUCAAACAAACGUUACCCUCCAGAGGAAACCCAUCCCGUCCCUUACCGUUCCAGGCACAAGGUUGAAAAGCCGUUCCGCUCUCGCCAUGGUUAACCCCUACGUUCUUGGGGGAGCUUCCUUCCCCGACGAAGACCUACCCUUCAUGAGUCAGCCUUACAAUGAGUAUGAAGAUGGCUUCGGAGCCUCGAACAGAAUAACGUUCAUCGACCCCGACCUUCAGACUCCCUCGCCGACUUCCUAUGGCAACCUCUGGGCCGCUCCUGUUCCCCAGUCCCACAAAGAGAACCACUCCACGUACCUUGGUUCCGACCUUUCAAGGCGGGUAUCGAGCCACGCACCUCUCCGCCCCGCGAUAGCUCUCCCCCCGACGUCGUCGUCCUAUCCCCGCUGCCCGAGUCCCCUCUCGUCAAUCGAACCGUCACCGCCCGGUGGUGGACUCAGCCCUGGCCCAGACACCGAGUCGUACCACGACGGCUACCCGAGAACACCACCUGACACGAACUUGCUCUCGCCCUUCCAGGGAUUCUUGCCGUUGGAACCGACCGCCCACGCCGUUCAGUUCAUGAGCAUGGGACCCGACUACGUGAAUCCCUUCGAGGUCAACUCCACCCAGCAACUUGAGUAUAGCGAGAGCGAUAACGGCAUCGCCGACUUUGACUUUACUACUCCUGUCCAACCAAACUACUUCGACAGUCACGUCGGCCACGAUCUGGAGCCGCCACAGGGCACCGCCGCUACCCUUGAUUUCUCUGUCAGCCAGGCUGCGCUUGAACCCAUGCAAUCGAUCGCCAAAGGGGAAAUCGAGGCUCCGAGCGAGUACCCGCCACUGGAAGAGGACGCGAGCUCAGAAGGCGAGCCCCUAGGCAAGCGCCGGAACGACGAUGACGACGAGGAUUACCAGCCGAUCAAGAAGCAGAGGACGAGCGCCAGGACAUCAGCGCGGCGCGCAGACAAGAUAGCCAUCGCCGCUCCCGUCUCGCCCUCCUCCCGGCGAACGCGCAACCGGGCCGCCAAUCCUACCGCGGCCCCUCGUGUAACCCAUCUCUCUUCGGGCAACAACAGAGCCCGGCUCAGCUGCCCCGACUGCAAAAAGACCACCUUCACCUCCCAGUCCGACCUCGAAGCCCACCUCAACAAAGAACACCGCCGCCCCUUCAACUGCGUCUUCGACUUCGCCGGCUGCAACUCGACCUUCGCCAACAAGAACGAAUGGAAGCGCCACGUCUCCACCCAGCACCUCCUCCUCCACUACUGGGUCUGCACCGAAGGCGCCUGCGCCCACGCCCACGCCAACAACAACAACCAAACCGGCGCUCACGCCCUCUCCCCGAUCAUCCCAACCACCCCCGACUCCACCACUACCACCACCACCCAACCCACCGGCGCCAUCUUCAACCGCAAAGACCUCUUCACCCAGCACCUCAAGCGCAUGCACGCGCCCAAGGAGGUAAAAGACCUCCCCGCCAAACGCACCACCACCACCUCCUCCUCCAACACAACCAAACAACCCACCUCCGCCACAGCCAACGCCCUCGCGCAAUGGAACACCCGCCUCAAGCACCUGCAAGACACAGCGAUCCGCCCGCGCUGCCAGCUCCCGCAGCUCAUGCGCUGCCCCGUGGCGGGCUGCGGCGCGGGGCCCUUCCGCGGCGACGGCGCGUGGAACGAGCGCAUGGAGCACGUCGCCAAGCACAUGGACCGCGCCGCUCGCGGUGGGAACGGCAACGGCACCAGUACUACUACUACUACUAGUGGGGGAGAGGCGGGGGGGAGGGUGGUGUUUGGCGGGGAGGGGGACGCCUCGCUGGUGGAGUGGGCGGCGAGCAGCCAGGUGGCGAUUAUUAUCCCGCGCGGGGAUGGGAAGGGGUGGGUGCUGAAGGCGCCGCUGCGGCGGGGGCCCGGGGGGAAUGUGGUUGUUACUGCGCCGGUGGUUGGGGGGGGUGGGGAGGAGGGGAGGGUGGAGGGGGAGAUUGUGGUUGCGGAUGGGGGGGAGGAGGAGGAUGCGGAGGGGGAGGAGGAUGAUUGA